AUGAGACUCCAAUUGAACCCCACAACUUACGCCCUUCUCGCCCUCACCUUCCAACUCUCCCGCGCGGAUUUGAGCUACUACUGCGAAAUGGCCAAAGACAAAAGCAACUUGAUCCAGAAAGCCUACUGCUGCGACGAUCUCGCUCCGGCGCGGUACGCCGAGCAGUUCUUCCAGGCGGCGAAGUGUACGCUUGCGGAUCCGAAGACGGUGGGGGAUUCGUGUCCGAAUGAUGGGAUGGCGCCGGUCUGUUGUUAUGAGACUCCGCUUUACUUUAUUUGUACUUCGAAUGGGUAUCUUCAGGAUUUGUAG